GGAAAAAAGUCAUUCUUUUAAGCGUGCUUCGAUUUUAUUAUUUUAAAGUGGUAUAAAUUCUGCACAAAUAUAAACAAAAAGUAUAUAAAACUGAAGCUAAAGUGUUGCGACACUUGUGCGCAUAGUUUUUUGGCCAGCGCAUAGGGAAAUUGAACAUUUUAUGUGGGUUUGAAAAAUUUGCAAAUUUCACCAGAAAAAACUGCGACGUCGAUAACGAACGCCGAUAGUAGAAAAGACGCAUCGGGUCGAGUGCGGAGGAGUCGGAGACUCCAGUUUUUUGUGGAGCGCUCGUAUUUUGUUUUAACAAGUUUUUUUACGUAAAAGGGGGAAUUUAUUUAUAAAAAUGUCUACAAACGAUUCUAAGGCGCCUUUGCGCCAAGUGAAACGUGUGCAGUUUGGCAUUUUAUCACCUGAUGAAAUUCGUCGUAUGUCCGUCACAGAGGGUGGCGUGCAGUUUGCUGAGACAAUGGAAGGUGGCCGACCCAAGCUGGGUGGUUUAAUGGACCCACGCCAAGGUGUAAUCGACAGAACAUCUCGUUGCCAAACGUGUGCCGGCAAUAUGACCGAAUGCCCCGGACAUUUUGGACACAUUGAUCUAGCAAAACCAGUUUUUCACAUCGGUUUCAUUACAAAGACUAUAAAAAUAUUGCGAUGCGUAUGUUUUUACUGCUCGAAAAUGUUAGUAUCGCCUCAAAAUCCUAAAAUUAAAGAGAUUGUAAUGAAGUCAAAAGGACAGCCACGCAAGCGUCUUGCAUAUGUAUACGAUUUAUGUAAGGGUAAAACAGUGUGCGAAGGCGGCGAAGAUAUGGACAUGGCAAAAGAUGGUCAGCAAGCCGAUCCCAAUAAAAAACAAGGGCAUGGCGGUUGCGGUCAUUAUCAACCAUCACUUAGACGUAGUGGGCUAGAAUUAACCGCCGAGUGGAAGCAUGUAAAUGAGGACUCUCAGGAAAAGAAAAUUAUAGUUUCUGCGGAGCGUGUUUGGGAAAUUUUGAAACAUAUAACCGAUGAAGAGUGUUUUAUUCUUGGUAUGGAUCCUAAAUAUGCACGCCCAGAUUGGAUGAUUGUCACAGUGCUGCCUGUCCCACCAUUGGCGGUGCGUCCGGCUGUCGUUAUGUUUGGGGCAGCUAAGAAUCAGGAUGAUUUAACGCACAAGCUGGCUGAUAUAAUUAAAGCCAACAAUGAAUUAAAGAAGAACGAAGGCACAGGCGCUGCAGCGCAUGUUAUUCAAGAGAAUAUAAAAAUGUUGCAAUUCCAUGUUGCUACUUUAGUAGACAACGAUAUGCCUGGCAUGCCGCGUGCUAUGCAAAAAUCUGGAAAACCGCUAAAAGCGAUUAAGGCGCGUUUGAAGGGCAAAGAAGGUCGUAUUCGUGGUAAUUUGAUGGGUAAACGUGUCGACUUUUCCGCUCGUACUGUCAUCACACCUGACCCCAACUUGCGUAUCGAUCAAGUUGGUGUGCCGCGAUCCAUUGCGCAAAACUUAACAUUUCCAGAAUUGGUUACACCUUUCAAUAUUGAUCGUAUGCAGGAAUUAGUGCGACGUGGCAAUUCACAAUAUCCCGGCGCAAAAUAUAUUGUGCGUGACAAUGGCGAACGUAUAGACUUGCGUUUCCAUCCAAAACCAUCCGAUUUGCAUUUGCAAUGUGGCUACAAGGUGGAGAGACAUUUACGUGAUGAUGAUUUGGUUAUCUUCAAUCGUCAGCCAACCUUGCACAAAAUGAGUAUGAUGGGGCAUCGUGUCAAGGUGUUGCCUUGGUCCACAUUCCGUAUGAAUUUAUCUUGUACUUCUCCCUACAACGCCGAUUUUGACGGCGACGAAAUGAACUUGCACGUACCACAAUCUAUGGAAACCCGUGCUGAGGUUGAGAAUAUACAUAUAACACCACGCCAGAUUAUCACACCGCAGGCUAACAAACCCGUCAUGGGUAUUGUGCAGGAUACACUGACUGCUGUACGUAAAAUGACCAAACGUGACGUAUUUAUCACUCGUGAGCAAAUGAUGAACUUACUCAUGUUCUUACCAACUUGGGACGGCAAAGUGCCACAGCCCUGUAUUUUGAAACCACGUCCUCUAUGGACGGGCAAACAACUGUUCUCAUUAAUUAUUCCUGGCAAUGUAAACAUGAUACGAACACAUUCUACCCAUCCUGACGAUGAGGACGAUGGGCCCUACAAAUGGAUCUCACCGGGUGACACUAAGGUCAUGGUAGAACAUGGUGAAUUGAUAAUGGGAAUUUUGUGUAAAAAGACGCUGGGUACUUCCGCCGGUUCACUGCUGCAUAUUUGUUUCUUGGAGUUGGGUCAUGAAAUUGCUGGCCGUUUUUACGGUAAUAUUCAGACUGUAAUUAACAAUUGGCUGUUGUUGGAAGGUCACAGCAUUGGUAUUGGAGAUACCAUUGCUGAUCCUCAGACCUAUAAUGAAAUUCAGAUGGCCAUCAAGAAGGCUAAAGACGAUGUCAUAAACGUUAUUCAAAAAGCGCACAACAUGGAGCUUGAGCCAACACCCGGUAAUACAUUGCGUCAGACUUUCGAAAAUCAAGUGAAUCGUAUUCUAAACGAUGCUCGUGACAAGACUGGUGGCUCUGCAAAGAAAUCUUUAACUGAAUACAAUAACUUAAAGGCUAUGGUGGUGUCCGGUUCAAAGGGUUCCAACAUUAAUAUCUCACAGGUUAUUGCUUGUGUGGGUCAACAGAACGUCGAGGGCAAACGUAUACCAUACGGUUUCCGCAAACGAACAUUGCCACAUUUCAUUAAAGACGAUUACGGUCCUGAGUCACGUGGCUUCGUUGAAAAUUCAUAUCUUGCCGGUUUAACUCCUUCUGAAUUCUAUUUCCACGCUAUGGGUGGUCGUGAAGGUCUUAUCGAUACUGCUGUGAAAACUGCUGAAACUGGCUAUAUUCAACGUCGUCUAAUAAAGGCUAUGGAGUCUGUUAUGGUUAACUACGACGGCACAGUACGUAACUCAGUGGGCCAACUGAUUCAGUUGCGUUACGGCGAAGACGGUUUGGCUGGUGAAACGGUAGAAUUUCAAAAUCUGCCAACUGUCAAAUUGUCCAAUAAGGCAUUCGAGAAAAGAUUCAGGUUUGACUGGUCCAAUGAACGUUAUAUGCGUAAAGUUUUCACAGAUGAUGUGAUUAAAGAGCUGAGUGAGAGUGGCAAUGCGCUGCCUGAAUUGGAAAUCGAAUGGGAUCAAUUGUGUCACGAUCGUCAGGCCUUGCGUGAAAUUUUCCCCAACGGUGAUUCAAAGGUCGUAUUGCCGUGCAAUUUGCAGCGUAUGAUUUGGAAUGUGCAGAAAAUUUUCCAUAUCAACAAGCGCAUGCCAACAGAUCUCUCGCCAUUGCGUGUUAUCAAUGGUGUGCGCGAUUUACUUCAGCGUUGUGUCAUUGUGGUGGGCAAUGAUCGUCUCUCCAAGCAGGCCAAUGAGAACGCCACGCUGCUGUUUCAAUGUUUGGUGCGUUCUACGCUUUGUACGAAAUAUGUAGCCGAAGAGUUCCGUUUGUCAACUGAAGCUUUCGAGUGGUUGAUUGGUGAAAUUGAAACGCGUUUCCAGCAAGCACAGGCAAAUCCCGGCGAGAUGGUAGGCGCCUUGGCUGCACAGAGUUUGGGCGAACCUGCUACACAGAUGACACUGAACACUUUCCAUUUUGCUGGUGUGUCAUCGAAGAACGUAACAUUGGGUGUGCCGCGUUUAAAGGAAAUUAUCAACAUUUCCAAGAAACCAAAGGCGCCUUCACUAACUGUAUUCCUCACGGGUGGCGCAGCUCGCGAUGCUGAAAAGGCAAAGAACGUAUUGUGCCGCUUGGAACACACCACAUUGCGCAAGGUAACCGCCAAUACGGCAAUUUACUAUGAUCCCGAUCCACAAAGAACAGUCAUAUCGGAGGAUCAAGAAUUCGUUAACGUCUACUAUGAGAUGCCCGAUUUCGAUCCGACGCGCAUUUCACCAUGGUUGCUGCGUAUUGAAUUGGAUCGCAAACGUAUGACUGAUAAAAAAUUGACUAUGGAACAAAUUGCAGAAAAAAUUAAUGCCGGCUUUGGUGACGAUUUGAAUUGUAUUUUCAAUGAUGAUAACGCUGACAAAUUGGUGCUUCGCAUACGUAUCAUGAAUAACGAGGAAACUAAGUUCCAAGACGAAGAUGAAGCUGUCGACAAGAUGGAGGACGAUAUGUUCUUACGUUGCAUCGAAGCGAAUAUGCUUUCUGACAUGACACUGCAGGGCAUCGAAGCCAUUGGCAAAGUGUAUAUGCAUUUGCCGCAAACGGACAGCAAAAAACGUAUAGUCAUUACUGAGACAGGUGAAUUUAAGGCCAUUGGCGAAUGGUUAUUGGAAACGGACGGUACUUCUAUGAUGAAAGUGUUGUCUGAACGCGAUGUGGAUCCGGUGCGUACAUCGUCUAAUGACAUUUGUGAAAUUUUCCAAGUGUUGGGCAUUGAAGCUGUACGUAAAUCCGUUGAAAAGGAAAUGAAUGCUGUGCUGCAGUUCUAUGGCUUGUACGUGAACUAUCGUCAUUUGGCCUUGUUGUGUGACGUAAUGACGGCUAAGGGCCAUUUGAUGGCCAUUACGCGUCACGGAAUCAAUAGACAGGAUACUGGCGCACUUAUGCGUUGCUCAUUCGAAGAAACAGUUGACGUGUUGAUGGAUGCUGCUGCGCAUGCAGAAACUGAUCCUAUGAGAGGUGUGUCCGAGAACAUUAUUAUGGGCCAGCUGCCCCGUAUGGGCACGGGUUGCUUCGAUUUGUUGCUGGACGCCGAAAAGUGCCGCUAUGGCAUCGAAAUCCCUAGCACAUUGGGCGCGAGCAUGAUAGGCGGUUCGGCGAUGUUCUUCGGUGCGGGCGCUACGCCGAGCAUGACGCCACCAAUGACUCCAUGGGUGCAAUGUGGCACUCCACGUUAUUUCUCACCAUCUGGACAAAUGAGCGGCAUGACACCUGGUGGUCCCAGUUUUUCACCAUCAGCUGCUUCUGAUGCAUCGGGCAUGUCACCUAGCUGGUCGCCUGCCCAUCCCGGCUCUUCCCCUAGCUCACCUGGUCCGUCGAUGUCACCAUAUUUGCCGCCUUCGCCCAGUGUUUCCCCAUCGUAUUCGCCUACAAGUCCGAAUUAUACUGCUUCGUCACCGGGUGCUGCUUCACCGAACUACUCGCCCGCUAGUCCCAAUUAUUCACCGACGAGUCCGCUCUACCCCGCCACGAGUCCACGUUACUCAACUACACCGAAUUUCGCACCGCAAUCGACUGGCUACUCGCCAUCAAACAGCGGCUAUUCUCCCACAUCCCCCGUUUAUUCGCCUACUUCAAACUUUCAAUCGUCUAGUCCGUCGUUUUCGGGCAGUGGCACAAACAUGUAUUCACCUGGCAGUGCCUAUUCACCAACUUCAUCCAACUAUUCACCAAAUUCGCCGAGUUAUUCACCAACAUCACCAUCUUACUCACCGUCGAGUCCAUCGUACUCGCCAACUUCACCGGGCUAUUCGCCAACUUCUCCUUCGUAUUCGCCGUCGUCACAACACUAUACUCCAGUUACACCAUCGUAUUCCCCAAGUUCUCCUACCUAUUCGGCUUCCCCAAAUUAUUCACCCGCAUCGCCUGCAUACUCGCAAACGGGUGUCAAAUAUUCGCCUACAUCACCAACUUAUUCACCACCUUCUCCAUCAUACGACGGCUCCCCUGGAUCGCCGCAAUAUCCGCCCGGUUCGCCCCAGUCUUCACCGGCAUCGCCGAAGUACUCACCAACAUCGCCACUUUAUUCGCCCAGCUCGCCCCAACAUUCACCGGCCAAUCAAUACAGUCCAACUGGAUCCAGCUACUCGGCAACAAGUCCACGCUAUUCGCCCAAUAUGUCGAUCUACUCGCCCAGUAGCACUAAAUAUUCACCAACAUCGCCAACAUAUACGCCUACGGCGCGGAAUUACUCGCCAACAUCGCCAAUGUAUUCACCAACCGCGCCCUCACAAGGCUACAGUCCGACCAGUCCAGCAUAUUCACCGAGUAGUCCCACAUUCGAGGAGAGUGACGAUUAAUUGUUUGACUAACACAUUUGACCGGUUGCAGAAGUUUGUCCAACGCGGUGUUGCUAUUGGAAUACUUUAUUUAAUAACCAUACGAAAAUAUUUGUAUAGCAUUUAAGAUUUAUUGUUCAAUUUCAAUGUAUGUAUAAUAUAAUUAUAUAUGUAUUGCAGUCAUUUGUAGUAAAGCGUAAAUUUGAGAGAGCUCAUGCACCGCA